CUUGAGUCACAGCUCUAUCAGCUGUCGAAGUAUCUCGAUUUUGAUCUUCACUCCACACACCUACUCUAAUUCAGUCUGGCGGAACUCAUUCGGAUCCACUGACCUGUCGGAGGGUUUCCUAUGUGACUUUGGAAACAAUAUGAAUAAAUUAUCCGUCUUUUUUGAUCUCGAGAGUACUAUUUAAAUUGCUUUGCGAUUGACGGCGAAGUCGACGAGCCAAAGCCGAUAUCGAGAAUAUCCAGCGCGGUCACCAACAUGAGUUUACUUCACCGCCGUUCCGGACGCAUCUCGGUAUUACGAUGCUUCUUGCUGUUCGGAACAUGCCUGUGUGGUGUUCUGUAUCUCAAUAUGGUGCGGACUGCUGCGAUCACGUCAUUAGAGCACUCCGCCGCAGCUGUUUCAAAGGCAGCGGCGAUCAGCUAUUCGUCUACUGACUCCAUUUUCUAUAACGAAGUUGAGUGCAAGGAUAUCAAUAAGGUCGCCGAUCAGUGCGCGUUUGCAAAAACAUACUGCACGGAUGACGAGAUCGGCUUUUUCAACUACAUCGAGUUCUAUUAUUGUUCUCCGACCACUCUCCGCCUACCAAUAUUUCUCAUCCUUUCUAUCUGGCUGAUAACCGUUUUUACCACUAUCGGAAUAACUGCCUCGGACUUUCUUUGUCCCAAUUUGAACACCAUUUCUCAGAUAUUCGGCAUGUCUGAAAGUCUAGCAGGUGUUACACUACUUGCCCUUGGAAAUGGUUCGCCUGAUGUUUUCAGCACAUAUGCUGCUAUGAAAGCUGGCAGUGGAUCUUUAGCUGUCGGUGAACUGAUAGGAGCUGCUUCAUUUAUAACAUCCGUCGUCGGUGGUUCUAUGGCAAUCAUCUGUCCUUUCUCGGUUGAUCGCGCAUCAUUCAUACGAGAUCUUGGGUUUUUCACUGUCGCGGUAGCAUUCGCGAUGUACUGCUUGCACGAUGGAUAUAUCGCCUGGUGGGAGUGCGCGGCUAUGGUCGGGUUCUAUCUGACUUACGUUGUUUUCGUUGUUUCCUGGCAUUGGUGGCUCACGCGGGGUCUUCAACUGCAUGCCGGAAACCGCUCAUACGAUGAUGUCUAUGGCGCUCCCCUUCAACCUUCGUUAUCCAAUACCAGCAUUCCUUCGUUUUACUCUGAUAUUGUCAACAGCGGGGGCGUGAUGUCUGCAGACGACCUUGAGUCUGCCCCAUUACUGCCCCAGAAUUCCCUGGCAACAAGUGUGGAGAUAGAGCGUGCUGUUGAUCGCUACGCUCUUCGACCAAUAAAUGAUGAAAGACAUGAGAAUAUCAACCAAGUCAUGCACAUUCGGAGGCCGCAAGGGGAUACCGCUACCAAUAAUCUCCCUGGCUACAGCGAAUCUCCAGGAAAUCUCACCUCCUCCACUCCAAUCAGAGCUUCUCUAAUUGGCGCCUUGGAUCUGAGAUCUGCAGUUGAGCGCGGUCGUCUGACCAGUAACACGUUAUCAGACGAAAAUCCAGGGAAACUGUACUCGCGACUCUCGCGAUCAACAAGCCGAGGGCACCCAGCAUAUCAUUCAAAAGACAGAAGGCAUCACAGUAUGCAGAUAUCAACAAAUUACCAACACGCUGCCGCGGCGCUGCGCACAGACAGUGAAUCUCCGCAUUCUAACAGCACACAAACCGAAACUUCUCGUCCUCAACACAACCGCUCUUAUUCGUCUGAUAACGUUUCUGGGUCGAGAGACUCCAAACUCCUGUCUCCUACAUCAGCCGCCGAUGACCACUGGUAUAGAGGGGGACGGCCUCCAUAUGAAAUGUACAGAAUCGAAAAUACGGCACAGCACUCAAGCGCACAUCGACCGUCCUUAUCGCUAGUGACCAGUGGAAGUGGUCAUUCUGGUCCUCUCACAGCCGGGUCGAUACAAUCACGCGCAGGCCGAGAGACUCGCUCACGCUCUAACUCCGUCGACAGACGACCUCGUUCGCCAUCGCCAUAUGACCGUUUCUUGUCUUUUAUGCCGACGUCCGCGCUACAGCCACCAGAGAUUCCAGUUGGCUCGAGUAGACUUCAUGAGGAUGAUCUGAUGGCUGAUGACGAUCGUAUGCAAGAAACAGAUGCCAUGUUAUCUCCUUUGAGUCACAGUCAGCACCUGAGUUUACCUUCUGCUAGUCCGAGUCUUAGCAUUUCUCGAGAUAAUCUUUCGGACAUCUCCGAAGUUGACUCGUCAAUAAUCUCGUCGUCCCAGGGUUCGAUAUUUUCUCAGUGGAAAGUAAUCUGGGCAGAUAUCAAGAAGACUCUGUUUCCAACUAUCGGUGAAUUCAGUGAAAAAACGCCUCUGAACAGAUUCAUUAGUAUCCUGGCAGUACCUACAGUAUUGCUUCUGACAGUCACCAUCCCAGUUAUUGAAAUUGACCAUCCUGACGAAGACUAUGCGAACGGCAGUGAUCAUGACGUUCCCAUCCUCCGCGUUGACACUUCGAGCCUAGAUGGUCACGAUAAUGCGGGAGAUCAUGAGGAUAACGAAUCUGGCAAGCCACUCUAUAAAGGUUGGAGCAAGUGGCUACUCUGUGUCCAAUGCCUAUGUUCGUCCAUUGUGGUGUACUCUAUGAAUUCUUUUGACUCUGAGAAUUUUUCCAACGGUCUCUCUGCUGCAGUAAUUACCGGAUUGGUGUUAUUUUUGGGUAUAUAUUAUUUCACGGAGAGCAAUUCGGCUCCCACAAAGCUUCUUCCCAUUCUUUGCUUCGCCGGUUUUGGAAUCAGUAUAUCUUGGAUUUCUGCAAUUGCUGUUGAAGCGGUCGGUGUUCUAAAGGCCUAUGGCAUAAUUUUUGGCAUUAGCGAUGCCAUCUUAGGAUUAACAGUGUUCGCUUUGGGAAAUUCAUUAGGAGACUAUGUGUCGAACGUCACAGUAGCCAAAAUGGGUUAUCCUAUGAUGGCUAUCAGUGCGUGUUUUGGGAGCCCGAUGUUGAAUAUCCUGGUAGGAAUUGGUGUUUCGGGCCUAAUAUUGUUGCCUGGUAUAUCUGACUACACGGACGGCGAUGCGUACGAGCUCGAGAUCGCGCCUUCCCUGAUCAUUUCCGCCGCCACCCUUUUCCUCAACCUACUGCUAUAUCUAGUAUGGGUCCCUUAUAGUGGCUGGAGAAUGACAAGAGUAAUUGGAGCUGCUAGUAUUGGAUUGUGGGCACUGGGAACUAGCAUAAAUCUCGUCCUCGAAGUUGUCUCGUCAUAAUACGUCUCCAUUUCGAACGACAUUGGCUUUUUUUCUACAUAUUUUUCUGAAGGUUUCGUGGAAUUUGGAAAGUAUUUAUUAUCUGUACAUAAGAGUUGUUUAGUGUAUUUUUAUAUUGUCGUUGGUUAAAUGCAUGGCAU